AUGCUGUUGAGCCUCUGCAAGGAGCGGGAAGAAGACGUGUGUUACACCGCAAUCUCUUAUUACCCUGUCCUUACUUGGUGGAAGAACCGCUUACCGAGGUUCCUCAGCCUAGCCCACCACAUUGCCAAGCUCGAGUUGGGAGAAGCCGGAGAUCCGAUCCAGCACCGGAAGCGGCCGACACUGAAGACUCAAGUGAGGAAGAACUCAGCAUUUGGACAGCUCAACAUCCUGUCUGCCCACUCCCAAGAAGAGCACCCAGGGAACUGA